AUGCUGAUCAAUAACUCGACCUAUGUCUGUGCGGAAUACCGCACUGCGCAGGACAGCCUCGACGACUGCGAGUACCAACGACCGGUACGGUGGAGUUGCCACACCAGCCCGCAAAACUCCCAGAGAGCUGUCACGGUUCCAACACCGUUCCUUGUUCGCCCAUAUAAGCACCUCUUGAUCGAAGCUCUUGUCAAGGUUCGUGCUUCGUCCAUCCCCACCACUUUCGCCGCACACACCAUGUCCACGAUCAUCGUGACGAGGCAGGAGGCCCCGGUCACCGCGAUCGCUGACAAGAAUGCCAUUCCUACCAGCGAUAGCGACUUCGUUCGUGCCAACCAGUCCUCGAGGUUGCCGAAAGACCUUCAAGGCAAGCCUAUCCCUCGCUCCAAGCACUGGGGCUACGACUCGACCCUCUUGCAACCUCGAACGCUGCUCACCAAAAACAUUGUCAACCUCGUCCUGAUCUCAAGCUUCACCUUCUUCAAUACCACCGCCUUCGCUCACAACCUCUACGACAGCCUCACAGAGCGAUAUGGCUCCUUCCAGUUGCGCUUCGUUGGUUCGUGGCUCAUCACAACAAGUGUCCUUUUUGGCAUUUCCGGCAUCUACGCCUACGCAGAUCUCACUCGUAGGCCGCAGUGGCUGUGGAAGUACAAGGUGCAGCCAUUUGUCCACGUCGAUCGCAGCGAGUAUCUCAAGAUCGCCCUUGGCGCUCUCAGAAACCAUUUGUUCGUCUCAACACCUCUGCUACUCGCUGGAGCAUACCUUAAACCAUUUCCAACCACCUCCGAUCAGGUCCCCGGCCCUUUACAGACCGUUGCCACCGUCCUUUUUGACAUCCUGUGCACCGAGGUUGGCUUCUUCUACAUUCACCGCUUUUUCCACUCGCCGGCGAUGUAUGCCCGCUUUCACAAGAAGCAUCACGAGUUCACAGCACCUGUAGCGCUCGCUGCCACGUACUGCACCAUGACGGAGCAUCUCUUCUCGAACCUGCUUCCCAACACGCUAGGUAGCUUUGUCGUCCCUCAUCACUGGAGCCAGAACGUCUUUGCUUUCUGCUUGCUUGAGAUCGGCACCAUCCAAGCGCACUCCGGGUACUACAUUCCGGGUCUCAGCAGCCCGCUUCAGCACGAUUUCCACCACUUUGCCUUUACCGAGAACUUUGGUCCCACGGGUUUGAUGGAUUUCGUUCACGGCACCAAUGUCAAAUACCGCAAGACUCUGGCCGAAGCCAAGCACAACUGCGACGGUGACGAAGUCGCCGCCAGGCUAGAGGUCCUCUCGUUUUUGGCAAAGCACGAGGCUGCCGAGCUUGAAGCUGCCAAGCACCAUGUCAAAAAGACUAGAUAG